CCUACACUCUAACCACUAGGCUACCUGCCACCCCUCCACUCUAACCACUAGGCUACCUGCCGCCUCUACACUCUAACCACUAAGUCCAACACGGACAGUGUCCAUGACCAUGAAAGGGGUAUUGAAUCACAGGUAUCGCCUCCUGGGUGGAUGCUGUCCUCAACCCCUGUCCUAAAAUCGAAAUACAUUUAUUCUAGCCUUAAACGGGUCGGGGGACUGGCGUAUGAUCAGCUUCCGGGUCAACCAUUUGUUUUAUCGCCUAUGGUAGGAGUUCCCAAACCUAAAUAAAACCUAAAUAAAAAAGGAGUUCCCAAACCUGUUUUGGCCCACGGCCCCAUUUUGAUAUCUGAAAAUCCUCGCGACCACAACCAUGUUAAAAAACAGAUGUAAUUAACAGCCAAUGUUUCGUUUUUAAUUUGGGGCCGUGGCAGUCAAUUGAAAAACAUUCUAACAAUAUUUCUGAUUGCAUUCUCAACUCACCACCACAUACUUCAAUGUGGGGCUAUGACAGUCAAUUGCAAAUGAGUCUGACGUAAUGUACAUCUCACCAGCGCCAAUGAGAUGGGUGUGCUUGAUGCAUGUCGACUCGAAGCUUCUCAAAGUCAGGAUCAACCUGGAUCAAUAUGUGUUUUAAUGCAGAGGGGACCACUGAAUCCAGCUUCACGCAUAUAUGAGCUGGCAGCCUAUCAUAUCAUAUCGUUUUAUGGUGCUUUCACGACAACUGGGAACUCGGAAAAAUACGAGGUCAAAUGAUGACGUCAGUGAUAUUUAGGUCGAAAAAGUCGGAGCUCGGAGACCUAGAAAGAUGUUUGAAGUCCGAGUUGGAUGACCGUUCAAAACGAUUUCUCCCACAGACGGAGUUCGUUUAUUUCCGAGUUCCCAGUUGUCGUAAACGCACUGAAGUCGGAGAUUUCCGAGUUCCCAGUUGUCGUAAACGCACUGAAGUCGGAGAUUUCCGAGUUCCCAGUUCGGAGUUCCCAGUUGUUUUGAACGCGUCAUUAAUACUCAGAGGGAGAGGGCAGGGUAUCUGGAUGUGGUUUGAUGUACAUAGUUUACAAUCGAAGUAACCUGCAGCAGUAUAUCUCCGAGUUCUGUACUCGGCCCUUUUCAAGCCAGUUGCUCUCAGUGUACCAUAACAAUGCGUCCAUAUGGCAAAGAGAGACACAUUGAUAACUGGAGCGCAGAGGCCUGCCCGCCGUCCCACCAUAGAUGUAGCACCAUCUGUUCGAUCCCAUAUGGAAACUGUUUUUCUUCCAUUCAUCCUCGGGAAUCGUGAAACGUAACAAUAUCUCAUCGAAAAUAGCAUCCCCUGACAUGUAUAGCGAACAAACGCAUGGGCAUCUAGGCCCUCACUGCUAACAGCCAUUUAGACAGCCUAAACUGGGGAGUUUUUGAUUCGUUCAGUCAGAACAUAAAUACUUCGUUUAGCAAUGUUAUCUGAAAAAAAGCAAUUGGUUUGAGUUUCUGUGCCUCUGCCUGAACACAAAUAGUUUUUACCAUAUCAAUUGCGACCGGUAUUAUCAAAGUCUCUGCAAUAGUGUUGUGGUUUCAUCGCAUAAUGAGCCAAGCCAUUCACUGUGGGAACGAUUCAAGUGCCCCGGUCAUGUGCGGCCUCUGGCCCUUUCCCAUGAUCUAAGGCCGCUCUCUGGUUUCAUCUGAUCUUUUAGAUUUGAAAAAGGUUCAUUUAGAUUUUGAAGGUUGAUCACAUCUUGCUUGGAGUUGGAGCUACUUAUUCCUUCAAAGCGAUUCAUUGUUGAAUUUGCGAUUUCCAGUUCGAUGUGUAAUCUUUAUGUUCAAUGGCCGAUAAUUUCUCUAAAUGAUUUAUCUUAAUAUGACAAGGAUUAAAAAGGAUUUGCCAGUAGAUUGUCGACUGUCAUGAUGAUGACUGCUAGUUACGAUUUUGACAGUAAGAUGUUGACAUGAUCAGUCCAAUCAAAGCUACUGUAGAUAUAACGUGAUUUGACAUAUAUAUAUAUAUUUUUCCUAAGUCCUAAAAAUGUGGGGCUCAAAACUGAAUGAAUGGUCGCCACUGCUCCCGCAACCCCAUGUUCAUAUCAGUCGACUUCACGUGGAGUCGCGAGCCCUAGUUUGGGAAACGCGGUCAUAAACUGACGCGUUCUAGAACAGAAGACCAUUACUCGGCGCGUGGCUUGCAUGGAGAUGUCUGCUUUAUACCUCGCUCUGCUUCUGUUCUCCGAGCAUGUUAUCGACGGGAUAACCAGAUCUUACGAAGGGACUGAGUUAGCGACAACACCGACAGUCACCUCCCCGUUACCGGAGCGAUGGCGGCGGCGGGACAAGCGGGGCUUGUUGGAGUUGGCGGGCGUCGUUAAAUGCAGCACUGGGAGGUCGGCGGUGGCUUACAUCAUGUAUGGAUGUUACUGCGGGCUGGGAGGCCAGGGAUGGCCCCGAGACAAGGCUGACUGGUGCUGUCACAAGCAUGACUGUUGCUAUGGGAAGGCUGAGAAUCUGGGUUGUCAGACCAAGACGGACAAAUACCAGUGGACCUGUGAGAACAAGAUGUCCAACUGCGAGUCUCUCAAGAACAGAUGUGACAAGAUUCUGUGCAGGUGUGACCGGGAGGCGGCCAGGUGUCUGAGGAGAGCUCCCUUCAUCCCUAAAUACUCUGUCUGGCCCGACUUCAUGUGUGGAUAUGAACAGCCCACCUGUACCCGUCACUGAUGCUGUUACACAGUGUGUGUGUGUGUGAGAGAGACUAGUGUUUUCUCUCGUUUGUCCUGGCUAGUGGUGUGUGUGUAAUAAAGACCUACAGUACUUUA